UGACGUUGUCCAAUCAGAACUCUCGGAUACCGGAAGGAAGUGGCAGGCAGGCCAGUUGCUGGUGUUGCAACGAUAUGAAUGGAACUUCCUCAAAAAUCCAGCUUUACCUCCACAAAUCAAACUUUUAACAAUCGGAAUCUGAAAGAACUCAAAGGAUUUUAAGUGAGCCGUGUUGUCCUUGUGUUGUUGCUCAGAUGGGCUACAUGCGUGUGGAGGAGCACACGCCCACGCUGCUGCGCCUCCGGAGGUCUCCGGGCGUGCGCUCCUGGUCUCUGCUCGUGGCUCUGGUGUCGGUCGGGCUGGCGGCGGCGUACUACAGCUCAGACAGCCUCUUCUGGAAGAGCUUCUACGUGACGGGCUGCCUGUUUGUGGCCCUCCAGAACAUGGAGGAGUGGGAGGAGGCCGUCUUCGACAAGAACAAGAACCAGAUCGAGCUGAGGAACUGCAGCUUGUACACGUUAGUGCUGACGCUGUGGAAGAACGGACACGAGCGCGUGGUCCUGGACCUCCGUCAGCUGUGUGACGUCUGCGUUCAGGAGGAGAAGGUGCGUUACUUAGGAAAAGGCUUUCUGCUGAUGCUGAAGAUGGAGGCGGGCUUCUCCUACCCCCUCAGCCAGAGCGCCACGCUGGCAGGACCCGGUGACGUGGAGGCGCUGGGCGUCCUGCUGAAGCGCUUCCUGAAGCUGGAGGAGCUUCAGCGACGCCGACAGGACGACUACUACGACGAUGAUGAUGAUGAUGAUGAUGAAGACUCUCCGAACCUCACGGACUCAGACGGUGAUGCAGAGCCGCUCUGAUCUCUGCUGGAUCUUCUUUAACUCUCCGUUUGUCUUAAUUGCUGUUUGUCUUCCUGCUGAACUCUUAAUGAGCGUUUACCUGCACAGGAAAUGGAAAAGGCUCCGCCCACAACAUUUGGGACCACCCUGUAAAUGUUGACCUCGUUUUGCAUGCUGGUUUGUGCUCAGGUGGAUGCAUGUGCAGAGCUUCCAGGUGCAGAUGUUUUGUAUUUGGACUCAAGAAUCUCAGGUUGACGUUUUUAUAUUUGACUCAAACUGUUUUUUAUUUAGACCUCAGAGGAAAUCAAAGCCUUGUUUUUAAGAUUUUAUUGUUUUACAUUCAAUAAAGUUGUGCAGAAGUCCA